UCCACGCUCUCCACCAUGCUGUGGAUCGGAGUGACCGCCAGGAACAUCUACAAGCAGGUGACCAAGAAGGCCCCGCUGUGCCCGGGGGCAGACCAGCCACCGUACCCCAAGCAGCCCUUACUCAGGUUCUACCUCAUCAGCGGAGGAGCCCCUUUCAUCAUCUGCGGCAUCACGGCCGCCACGAACAUCGGGAACUACGGGAUGGAGGACGAGGACUCCGCGUACUGCUGGAUGGCCUGGGAGCCCAGCCUGGGCGCCUUCUACGGGCCGGCGACCUUCAUCUCCCUGGUCACCUGCGUGUACUUCCUCGGCACCUACGUCCAGCUGCGGCGCCACCCAGAGCGCAGGUACGAGCUCAGGGAGCGGACGGAGGAACAGCAGCGGCUGGCGGGGCCCGAGGCGGGCGGGAGCCCCGGGGCCCCGGCGGCCACGCCGCCCGCCCGCGAUGCGCCGGUCACCUCGCUGCUGCAGAACGAGCACUCGUUCAGGGCCCAGCUGCGCGCAGCCGCCUUCACGCUGUUCCUGUUCGUGGCCACGUGGACCUUCGGGGCGCUGGCCGUGUCCCAGGGCCACUUCCUGGACAUGAUCUUCAGUUGCCUGUACGGCGCCUUCUGCGUGACCCUGGGGCUGUUCGUGCUCAUCCACCACUGCGCCAAGCGGGAAGACGUGUGGCACUGCUGGUGGUCCUGCUGCCCCUCCCGUGGGGACCCCCACGCCGCGAAGCUCGGCGCCCGCCCCACGCUCGACGCCAACGGGGAUGUGCUGAGCCACGCAGCCUGCCUGCAGGACUCACCGUGUCCCGGCCAGACGCUGGGCUUCGGCCACCUGCCAGCCAGCCACUGCAAGAUGACCAACCUGCAGGCCACCCAAAGCCACGUCAGCUGCCUGUCACCAGCCACACCCUGCUGUGCCAAGAUGCCCUGCGAGCAGUUGAUGGAGGACGCAGCCCACGUCCACGUGCACGAGGAGGACGCCUUCGGGCGUGACCCGCACCUGCACAGGUGCAUCCAGGGCAGAACUGAGCCUCACUACUUCAGCCGGCACCAGGCAGCCACGGCCGAGCAGGAGUACGCCUACCACAUCCCGUCCAGCCUGGACGGCAGCCCCCAUAGCUCGCGCACGGACAGCCCCCCCAGCUCGCUCGAAGGCCCAAUGGGGCCACACUCGCUGGCCUGCUGUGCCCAGGGUGACCCCUUCCCCUUGGUCAGCCAGCCCGAGGGCGGCGACGCCAGCCCUGUGCUCUAUAGCUGUCCCCCACGGCCCGGCAGGGAGGCAGCCCACGGCCCGGCCCACUUGGAGAUGCUCCGGAGGACACAGUCCCUGCCCUUUGGCGGCCCCGGCCAGAACGGGCUGGUCAAGGGUGAUGCACGGGACGCUGCGCCCUUUGGCUCUGACAGCACGGGUAACAUCCGCACGGGGCCCUGGAGGAACGAGACGACCGUGUAG